AAUCUUUCUUCUUCUUCUUCUUCUUCUUCUUCUUCGUCUUCUUCUUCUUUAUAGAGGCAAGCUAUAUAGCCAUGGAGGUUUUGGUCUCAUUGUGCCUAAUACUUCCUUUGUUGUAUUCUUUCUUCACCCUUUUUAAGAUGAUCCUUCACCGGAGAGGCCAGAGCUGUUACAUGCUGGCCUAUGAGUGCUUCAUGCCGCCGGAGGACACGAAGCUGGACACGGACUCCGCCGUGAGGGUGGUGCUAAGAAACAAGAGGCUAGGGUUGGAGGAGUACAGGUUUCUGCUCAAAACCAUGGUGAGUUCAGGGAUAGGAGAGAACACUUACUGCCCUAGGAACGUCAUGGAAGGACGAGAGGCAUCUCCGACCCUCGACGAUUCCUACGCCGAGAUCGACGAGAUCAUGUUCGACACUCUUGACGGACUCUUCGCAAAGACUCAGUUCUCUCCCUCCGACAUUGACAUACUUGUGGUUAAUGUGUCUUUGUUCUCUCCUGCACCUUCCCUCACAGCUCGUAUCAUAAACAGGUACAAAAUGAGGGAGGACAUAAAGGCAGUUAACUUGGCCGGAAUGGGGUGUUCGGCGAGUGUGGUGGCGAUCGACGUGGUGCAGAGGAUGUUCAAGAGCCACCCGAAUUCUCUCGCCGUUGUGGUGAGCACCGAAGAUCUCGGCGCUCACUGGUAUUGCGGCAACAACAAGAUGAUGAUGCUCUCAAAUUGCCUCUUUCGCUCCGGUGGUUGCUCCAUGCUUUUCACCAACAAGCCCUCCCUGAAGAACCGUGCCAUCUUGAAGCUUAAGCACAUGGAACGAACCCAGUUUGGUGCAAAUGAUGAAGCCUAUGGUUGCUGCAUGCAGGUUGAAGACGAACUUGGGUACCAAGGGUUCCAACUCACAAAGAGCCUAGUGAAAGCCGCAGCACAAGCCUUGACCGUGAACUUGCAAUCUAUGGCCCCAAAGAUCGUGCCUCUUUGGGAACUCAUUCGCUUUCUCUCAGCCUCUCUGCAUCAAAGCAGCAAAACAAAGAAAGCCCUGAACUUCAACGUACUAGGAGGUGGUUUGAAUUUCAAGUCAGGAAUAGACCACUUCUGCGUUCACCCCGGAGGCCGAGCCGUGAUCGACGGCGUCGGUAAAGGUCUAGGGCUAACGGAGUACGACCUCGAGCCGGCAAGAAUGGCGCUCCACAGAUGGGGCAACACUUCCGCAGGUGGUCUCUGGUAUGUCUUAGGAUACAUGGAGGCCAAGAAGAGGCUUAAGAAAGGUGAUAAGAUCUUAAUGAUAAGCCUUGGUGCUGGGUUUAAGUGUAAUAACUGUGUUUGGGAGGUAAUGAAGGAUUUGGAAGACCCUAAUGCUUGGAAAGACUGCAUCGAUCACUAUCCUCCAAGGUCUCUGCAGAAUCCUUUCAAGGAAAAGUACAAUUGGAUCCAUGACGAGUAUCUUAAUUUUGUGAGGUUCGAUACAAGUAGGCUAUCAGUCGACUAAUAAUAUAAAUAUAUAUAUAUAUAUAUAUAUAUAUAUGUCAUUUAAGGUUUAGUGGGAUUGAUCAAAAGAAAGAGAGAUUAAAAUAUAAUAUAUAUAAACUACAUUGGUCAGUAGUGUCAGAAACAGGCUUUGGUGUGGGGUUGAAAGAAGAGAUCCCAUACAGUUAUUAUUAUUGGUGGUGUUGAUUAAUAGUCCUGGAAUAAUUCGUCUUUGUUUUGAUUAUCAUUUCUGAAACGUAAAAUUAAAAUUAGAGGGGAAAAAAGUGAGAGAGAUAAAGGAAAACACAAAUGAACUCACGGACAGAGACUAAACACAGCGUAGCAUGUUGUUUUCUUUUGGUUCUUCUUUUAAUUUCCUUCUUGAUGAUAAGUACAGGUUCAGGUCAAUGCUUAAACAUAGGAAAAUUUGGUCAUCUCAGAAGAAGAAAAUAGCAAAAUGUACUUCAGUUUGUUGAUUAUUGUUCUAAACUCUGUGUAUUGUGCUAUUGAUGAAAUAAAAGGUUAUAUUUAUUUGUAAA